AUGCACGCAGAGCAGCGCCAGAAGCUGCUGGGUGACGACGACGUCGAGAAGCAGUCAGCCGUCGAGGAACAAACACAGGCGAAAAGCGCACAAGAGGGCGCCGAAUACCUCGUAUCGACCCGAGUCAAGAUGAUCUGUCUCGGACUCUACUUCGCCAUGAACCUGGGCCUCACACUAUACAACAAAGCCGUGCUCUCCAAGUUCGCUUUCCCAUGGCUGAUGACCACACUGCACGCCACCUGCGCGGCCAUUGGAUGCUAUGCUCUUCUACUUGCCGGCCAGAUCAAGCUGUCAUACCUCACAAGGCAGGACAACUAUGUCCUGGUGGCAUUCUCUGUCCUGUUCACCAUCAAUAUUGCCAUCUCGAAUGUAUCGCUGGAGAUGGUCUCUGUUCCUUUCCACCAAAUCGCCCGCUCAACUUGCCCCGUCGCAACCAUCUUGAUCUACCGCUGGUUCUAUGGCCGUUCCUACGCGAAGGCUACAUACAUGGCUCUGAUCCCCAUCGUUCUCGGUGUUGGACUCAGCACAUACGGCGACUACUACUUCUCUCUUGUCGGCGCAUCUCUUACUUUCCUCGGUGUCUUCCUCGCUGCCAUCAAGACUGUCGCAACCAACCGCCUCCUGACUGGCAGCCUGAAGCUGCCCGCCCUCGAACUGCUACUUCGCAUGUCUCCUCUUGCCGCCGCACAAUCCCUCGUGUACGCGUACUGCACUGGAGAGGUCACUCGCUUUUCCCAAUUCGCCUCAGAAGGUGGCCUCACCUCGAACGUUGUCCUUGCUCUGCUCGGAAACGGUAUCCUCGCAUUCAUGCUCAACGUCACAUCUUUCCAAACAAACAAGCUUGCCGGUGCCCUGACCCUGAGCGUCUGCGGUAAUCUCAAGCAAUGCCUUACCAUUCUCCUCGGUAUUGUUCUCUUCAACGUCCGUGUUGGACCCGAGAACGGUGCUGGCAUGUUGGUCACUCUUCUCGGCGCUGCCUGGUACAGCAAAGUCGAGUUGAGUGUCAAGAAGCCCGCCCCGAGAUCAUGA